CCAGUAGACUAUUAGACGUGGGAAUGGUAUAACAAGUACACCAUAACGACAGAGCUCAGGAAGGACCAAACAUCACUCAACAAGAAGAUUACAGAUGGCAGAGAACUCAAAAGUUGUUUCUUUGCAGCCUUCAUCCAGAGAAGGACCAGAGUCUUCUGAAGGAACUCCACUUCUUCCUGGCUCCACACCUGAGUUUAAAGGAUGCUGUGCCAACUGCUGUAAGACUUUCAGUGCCUGGUGCUAUAAGACUUUUUGUGAAUGCCCGCCCACCCUCGCCAAGUACGAAAGUAACAACCCAUAUGACACAGACAUUGAUUUCAUGUAUCAUGAUCACCAUCAAGAUCACCAUCAAGAUCACCAUCAAGAUCACGGUCAUGAUCAUGAUCACGAUUAUGAUCAUGAUCACGGUUAUGAUCACGAUUACGAUCAUGAUUAUGAUUAGUGUGAAAGAAUUUCUGUGUUAUUUUAAAUAUUAUGAAUCAUUUAAAAUCAUAAUCAUUUGUGUGUAUGAUUAAAGUUAUCAACAAUUGCGUUUUUGGGUUUUUCCAUAUGUAUAUCAUAUGUCCUAGUACAAGAACUGCUGACUCAUUAAGCUAAUCUACUGAGUCGCCCAUGAGAAGACAGCUAAGGGUUUUUUUCCCUCAUGUGGUUAGCAUAAGUUUUUGGGAGAAAACUGGCCAAAUUGUUUAUCACCUGGAGCCUGUAAUCAAGUGUGAAAUGGGAGGGCGGUUUAGACUAAAAGAUUGUUAGUAUGUGAUCAUGUAAACACUGUGUGAUAUGAUGUCAUGUAUUGUACCUUAUCUGUGUCAUGAUUUUGAAUAAAUGGGUGUUCGGAGAGUUGUGGGGCAGAGUAGGCCAGAGCGUCGCCAGGGGCAGGCAGUCCCCAACUCUCCUUGCGCAAGUAUUACUUUUAA